AAGAGACGUACCUACAUGAGGUACGUACACGAGGUACGCAAGAGUUCUGCUUUCGUGUUGUGUGGAGAAAACAGCAGCCAGCAAGCGAGCCCCGAAGUAGGUGAGACCGACUCUCCUUCAUCUUCUCCGUUAAAUGAUGGUGGCAAGAGAGAACGCCUUUCUCAUAACUCGAUUCUCCAACCCGGUCCGACUCAGUACCGAGUCAAAACCUCGACUCAGAGACCGAGUCUUUUCGUUCUCUCCAAAGCCACGAGAAGAAGAAGAGAGAUGAUGGCAGAGUCGAGUAAAGCUAAGAUCGCUUACGUCGAAAUCAACAACCUCAGAUUCACCUAUCCAGGAAUCGAUGGCUACCCUCCGCCCGGAUCCUCUCCUCUGAUCGAUGCUUUCUGCCUCUCCCUUGAUUCCGGAGACCGGUGUCUCCUCGUCGGAUCCAACGGCGCAGGGAAGACGACGAUUCUGAAGAUAUUGGGAGGGAAGCACAUGGUGGACCCCACCAUGGUUAGGGUCCUGGGGAGAUCGGCUUUCCACGAUACCGGAUUGACGUCUUCCGGCGAUCUCUGUUAUUUGGGUGGAGAGUGGAGACGGGAUGUCGCUUUUGCUGGUUUUGAGGUUCCGAUACAGAUGGACAUUUCUGCUGAGAAAAUGAUUUCUGGAGUUUCUGGCAUUGAUCCAAAGAGGAGGGAUGAGCUGAUAAAGGUUUUGGACAUUGAUCUAUCAUGGCGAAUGCACAAGUCGUCAGAUGGUCAGAGAAGAAGAGUGCAGAUAUGUAUGGGCCUCCUCAAGCCAUUUAAGGUUCUUCUUAUUGAUGAGAUCACUGUUGACCUAGACGUGCUGGCAAGGGCUGACCUUUUGAAGUUUCUUCGAAAGGAAUGCGAGGAGCGAGGUGCAACUAUCAUAUAUGCAACUCAUAUAUUUGAUGGUCUUGAUGACUGGCCAUCACAUAUUGUUUAUGUUGCUCAAGGGAAGUUGCAAUUAGCAUUGCCAAUGGAGAAAGUUAAGGAAAUUAGUAAUCUGUCACUGAUGAGAACGGUGGAGGGUUGGCUGAGGAAAGAGAGGGAUGAGGAGAGGAAGAGAAGAAACGAGAGGAAGGCGAGCGGUCUAUCAGAAUACGAAAAGCGGAUCGAAGGCAGUCGGGCAACGGGAGACCCUGCACGAAGUGCCGUUCGAGUUAUGAACAAUGGUUGGGCUGCCGGUAGACUGCACUCUACAGUAGCAGGAGAGGAAAACUUCUUUUUCAGUUCAAAUAGUGUUCUGAGACAGUAAUACCGCAGAUUCUGCAUGUUAUAUUAUUUGAUCAUAUCUUUCCAUCUUUCAAAAAAAAAAAAAAAAUGAUCAUAUCUUUCCAUUAUUCUGUGUAUUGAGGAAAAAAUAAUAAUAAUGAGCAUUCUGGGUGAGGGAAAGCUGCUCCAGAAUUUGAGCUGGGGCUUUCAAAAUUCAAACUCAUCAAGUUGAAGACCAGUGCAUUUGUUUGUAUGCUAAAAACUAGAUUGAAUGGAACUAGUUUUUUCCUCGA